AUGGCUCCGGCCGGGACACAGCUGAUUGAUGAACGGCCGGUGGAUAGUGCGAUGGGAAAAAAAACGGUGGCUCGCGAUGGGGACUCCUUUAUGUUACUGCAUUCAGUACCACUGCAUAGGCAGUUUGAUUGGUCCAAAAAUGGGAAUCUGAUUGAUGAUGAUGGCGUGGGUCAAAAUUUUGGUUGGGAUACAAUGUUGGUCGGCAGCCUAGCUCCAGCCCUGCUAGUUAUCCGCCUCAAGGAUCUACCCAGCCAGCCGACCGUUGAGUGGGUUGGAGGGAGUUAUUUAUCCCCAACACCACCAACAUCCCAGACAGGUUAUGGGACUCAGCAGCCUAAUGGAGAUGCCCCCGACCACGGAACACCUCAGGCUCAGAAGCCUCCAGCCAAUCAUACAGCUUAUGGGCAGGCCCAACAGUCACCGGGUGUCCAAGGAGGCUAUGCCCAGCCUGGGUAUCCCCAUUCUCAACCAGCUCCUACUCAAUCUGGUUAUGCUCAAACUGAUUCCGGUGCCCAGCGAGCUCCAACCUCUGGGUAUGGCACUGCAACGGCUCAACCAGGAUAUGGAGCCCCACCUUACGGUGCUCUGCCAGUAGCUCAGCCAGGUUAUGGGCAGCAGCAGCAGCCACCUCCAUAUAACAGCUCUUACGGUGGUGGUUAUUCACAGACUCCAGCAUAUCCUACCGAUGGCAGUUCAGCGCCAGCUUCUCAGGCUGUGCAGUCUGGCAGUGUUGCCAAGACCUCACCCCAGGGUUGA